UGCACAGCGAGAGAGAGAGAGAGAGAGUAAAAAGGACAACGCCUGCUAACAGUCGUAGCAGGAUACAUUAGGAUCCGCUCGUGAACACAUGCAGCUAACAAGCUCCUUUCUAAACUGGGUGGAUUAUUUCUGAGUGACAGCUGUCUGUCGGUGAACUGAGAGGGCAGAAUGUCACGACGGGACCAGAGGUUUCGCAGAGGAAUGAAAGGACGGUGUUGUGAAUGCGGCUGCAUUCUGUCUCACUGGUACUAUGAGCGAGAGGGGCAGCUCUACUGUAAGAAGCACUACUGGGCCCGUUACGGAGAGCACUGCCACGGAUGCAGGGAGACCAUCACAACAGGACUCAUUAUGGUUGCUGGAGAGCAGAAGUACCACCCUGAAUGCUUCACUUGUAUGAACUGUGAAACGUUCAUUGGAGAUGGAGACACUUACACGCUGGUCGAACGCACCAAACUCUACUGUGGCCACUGUUUCUGUCAGGGUGUAGGAUCAACUGUGACGUCAGCUUCUCCCCUCACCAAGAGACCUCACAUGGUGGCGCUAGUGUCUUUCCCUCCCCACACAGGUGGCCAACGGGGUCUGACUGUAGCCACUGACCUCAGCCAAGAGAAAGGCCCUCUUGUUACUGUGAAAGGGUUAGACUCAUCUGUCCUCAACCCUGACCUGCUUCCCUCUGUACACACUGGUGACCGAGUACUGGAGGUCAACGGCAUCCCUAUCCGCAACAUUUCCCCAGAGGAGAUAAACCGUGUGAUCCAGGACACAAGCAGACCACUGCAGCUGACCAUUGAACACAACCCGCAGUCUCCAGAUGACCUCCCUCGCUCUAACAAUCCCCAGGAUGACCUCAGCUGUCCUGACCCCUGUGUCCCUGCGUCAACCCACAAACUACCAAGUCUGGAGGAAGAGCCAAGUCCAGGAGAGGAGACAGCGGAACCAAUCAGGUUGAGCCUCUCCCCACCUCAGCACCAAGGAACCACGGGAAUGCGAUCCAGACACAUUCUGCGCAGCUGUAGUAUAGAUAAGUGUCCUCUGUCCCCUGGAGCACUGUCACUUUUAUCUCAAAGGAGAGACAUGGUUCGCUCAGGGUCUCUUCGUGUGGACUCUGGAGAUCGGACCCAUCGCAUCUUCAGACCUUCAGACCUCAUCCACGGAGAAGUGCUCGGAAAGGGCUUCUUUGGACAGGCUGUCAAGGUAACACAUCAAGAGACAGGAGAAGUGAUGGUGAUGAAAGAGCUGAUAAGGUUUGACGAAGAGACACAAAAGACUUUCUUGAAGGAGGUGAAGGUGAUGCGCUGUCUGGACCACCCCAAUGUUUUAAAGUUCAUUGGACUGUUUUAUAAAGACAAACGAAUAAACUUUGUGUCUGAGUACAUCCAGGGAGGAACUCUCCGAGAGACCAUCGUAAAAAUGGACAAGGAUUUUCCCUGGAGUAUAAGAGUGGGUUAUGCCAAAGACAUUGCAGCUGGAAUGGCCUAUCUACACUCCAUGAACGUUAUCCACCGAGAUCUGAAUUCACACAACUGCCUUGUCAGAGAGAACCAGUCUGUGGUGGUGGCAGAUUUUGGACUGGCCAGGCUAGUGACGGAGGAGAGGAAUCAGGGGAGGACCUCCUCUCUGGAACGGCCCACAAAGGGGACACUGUCAGAGCUCCGCAGGCCUGACCGAAGAAAGCGGUACACCGUAGUAGGAAACCCCUACUGGAUGGCCCCUGAGAUGAUCCGUGUCCUUCCUUUUCGAAGUUGGAGGAGUGGCUGGAGAACCUGCUGAUGCACCUGGACAUCGGUCUGCCUCUACUCUCUGAGUUAGAGCAGCUCCGCAGGGCCUUCUGGCAGAAUCACAACCACCAAAACCUCUUUCACAACCAGGACAAGACCCUUGAUUCUCACGAAAAAACCCACUGUUCACAGCCACAGAGACAGAGCCCCGAUCCCGAACGACAGUCAGGCACUGCAAAUAAUCACAUUGAGCCAAAUCACCUCACUCAGAGCAAAGACCAAAACAGCACACCUGACAGCCAUUCGGACGGAGAGCAACACGUGCAUGACAACCAUGACAUGAGGACUAAGCAUGAAGACCUGAGCGGAGAUUGUAACAACCACUCGCAAAACAAGAGUCAAACGUGUUGCAGGUCUACAAGCCCAGAAUCAAGCAAGAGUGAGUCUGAAACAUAUGAACACAAUAACCCCUCAGGAGAACCGAAAGCCCAGCACAAGCUCUCACAACCACCGCAGGUCAACAACUCGCUGCUAGGCCGGUCCAACAGGCCCAGAAGGACAUGCAAAGUGCUGUGGGAUGGAACAAAAGAGGACAUCUCUUUCCUCUAACUGCUUAAUCCAACGGCCAAGACAGGACACAUCUACAAAGCCCAGUUUUGAUGGAUUAAAAAAACUGAAUAAAGACGUUUGUGCCUUUUCAAAUACAUAAUUGGGAGAGAACUGAAGUCCUGAGUCCUAAAGCUGCAUGUGGAGGACUAACACAUGGAAAAUCUGCAGAGGAAUAAAACUAGACUGAUGUGGGAUAUUUUUCAUGAAAAACAGUAAAGAUUUGUAUGCAGCUUAAUAGCAACUGCCACACAUUAAAUUAGUCUCAUAUUGCUCUGUGAACCAGUAUUUAUGUGGCUUCAACUAGAGCCCAACCAAUACUGGAUUUAGUCGAUACCCAUCUCUUAACUCAGUGGUUCCCAACCUGGGGGUCAGGACCCCCACUAGAGGUCACCAAAGCUUCACAGGGGGUCACGAGGCCUUCUUGAUUUUAAGGCGUGUGAGAAAACUUUAAAAAUAUAAACAGAAGACCUUUA